UGUUUUCUUUCCGUCCAAUCAGCUAGUACUAGGCACGUAUCCUGCAGCCACAAUCAUGGCUCCACAUGCAGGAGUACUGUAAUAUAACCUUGAUUCACCAGCGCCUUCGCAUGAGACAACCUGAGAGAGCAACAUGCAGGCGGCUAUGGAUAUUACGGCAAAAUAUUGCCAUAAAGAAAUGGAGGCAUAUGGUUCAUGUGUGGCCUCGAACCCAUCAACAUGGCAGUUGAAGUGUCACGAGCUGAAGGUGAAGGUUGCACAGUGCACAUCAUCACACCCAGUGAUCCAGAAGAUCAGACAGGAUUGCUCCAGAGAGUUUGUAGAUUUUGAACGCUGCCUGAGAGAAAACCCGGACAAACCUACCUCCUGCUCAUCACACGUGGCUCGCUUUCUGGGGUGUGCGGAGACAGUGGACCUCAGUGGAGUGGAUCCAGUACCUCAGCCAUCGUAGCAUUCAGAGAUCUUCCAUCACCCUCUGCUUACUUCUGUCUUAACAUUAGGGCAAAUGGGCUGGUUUGAUAUUGGCCCCACUCCAGUUUUUGUAUGUACAAUGGAUAGAUUGGUUUCUCUAUGUAACUUAUUUUGUCUUUCUUCAACAAAGAUAAAUAAGCAUGCAACAGUACAACUUUUAAACAGGAGGUGUGUAGAAUAUUCAAUUAUUGCGACAUUAUUCUUAUAGCCAUGUAAACGUGAUCAUGUGAAGGUAACAUUUAUAAUUAGCUUUAUGCAGGAAGUCUGUUUAUUACAGUGCUUUUUUAAAAACUCAUUAAAAUUGAUAUCAGACUUG